CAAGAUGAUUCUGCUGCUGCUGCUCCUUGCUGCUCCCUACACCCGCUCGGCCUCGCUGGAGGUGAAUUCCACGGGGUCCUUGGAUGAACGCGGGGUCUGCCAGUGCUCCAUCGCCCUGCCGGAUAACACCUUCCCAGCCGACCGCUUGGAAUCCCUGGAGAUUUACAAUCAAAACCUGAGCAUCAGCGUCCAGGCGGAGAUCACCAAGAUCCAAAGUUACCAGGAGACCCUGACCGCUUACGUGCUGAGGCUGAAGAACCUGACCAUGCGCGUGGAAGUGAUGGAAAUGGGUGGAAUCUCUUACACCGAACUGGACUUCGAGCUCCUGAAGCUGGAGAUCAGAGAGAUGGAGAGUCUGGUGACCCAGCUCAGAGCGUCCAUCGAUGGGUCUAAUGUCCUGGUGGAGAGCCUCUUCGUAGAGAUCCGUAAUAUUUCCAUCAUGGUCAACCAACUCGAGUCCUACGAUAAGAACAACGUCCUGGCGGUGAGACGAGAGAUAGCUGCUCUCCGCAAGCGACUAGAAGACUGUGAAAAGAACCAAGAGAUUCCCACCCAGCCGCCUCAUGAUUACGGAACUUGUAAACAUGGAGGAAUUGUGAACAUCAGCAAACCAUUUGUGGUGCAGCUUAACUACUUGGGGUUUUCCUAUAAAUUCGGUGGAUGGGGCAAAGAUUCAAUGUCGGGGGCCAAUCAGGACGUGCAUUGGGUGGCCCCACUCACCACAGAUGGUCGAAUGAUGAACGUCCUACGCUUCUACCCUUCCUACGAUGAUCUCCUGCUCUACAAGAAGCCAACGGAGAAGGUCCUUACAAAGAAUCUGCCUUACAACACCUUUGACUACUCCAUCUGUGGACAGGGUGGAGGCGCCAUCAUGUUCAACAACUCCAUGUAUUACAACUGCUACAACACCAGGGACCUCUGCAAAUUCAACGUCGAGACCAACGCAGUGGAGCGCACGACACUCACCGACGCCACGUUCAAUAACCGCUUCUCUUACGCCUCCUCCGCGUGGCAGGACAUCGACCUGGCCAGUGAUGAAGAUGGUCUGUGGGUCAUUUACUCAACGGAGCAGAACUCUGGGAACAUGGUCAUUAGUAAACUCAACUCCACCGCGUUGACUGUGGAGAAGACCUGGGUCACCUCACAGUACAAGCUUGGAGUCACCAACGCCUUCAUGGUUUGUGGUGUUCUGUACGCCACACGGACCAUCAACACCAGACGGGAGGAGAUCUUCUACAUGUACGACACCAAGACGAGCACCGAAGGGCGACUGAGUAUCUACCUGGACAAGAUGAUGGAGAACGUGCAGAGCUUGUCCUACAACCCCAACGACCACAAGCUCUACAUGUACAACGACGGCUAUCUGGUCAACUACAAUCUCGUCUUCAAGCAGCUGCCAAGCAAGUAAACCGAGACAUGGCCAACGGGAUGGGUCUUCUCCAGAUGCUCCUGAAAAGGUUCUUUAACGUCCGUUCCUUGGCCUCAGGGACUGUAUUCUGAUUCUUCUCCGUAACUCCGGGAGUCUCCAGGACUGAAUAAUCCCCUCGUGCUCCUUAAAUGAUUCCUUUCAACUUUGUUUCAAGGUUUUUUUUUUUUUUAGAAUUCACGUCCAAUAAAAGAAUAAAAA